AUGGCUCAAGAAACUUACGCCAACCAAUUCCCUCCAGAGGAAGAAACACCCCUGCUCACUGACCCAGCCGAGCAGCCAUCGGGUCCAGCUUUAAGUGCUCGUCAGGACCCAGCUCCCAACCUCACCAGCGAUGCACGCCCACGCUAUUCGCUCGCCUGCCUGCUCGAGGCUCACCGUCUUCCAACCCACAGGGCGGGCAUGGUCUGGGUGGCCGAGCUUGGGAUCCUGAUAUGGAUCGUCACCGUCUGGGUCACCGUCCUCACUCACCAAGCUGGAAUAUUCACUUUCCAUCCGAUCUUCCAAUCCUUGUCGCUAUUCUGCUUCUAUCAAGGCAUCAUAAUAUUGCAACCUACCAAUACGCCGGCUUCAAAAAGGACAGGUUUACUGGUCCACGAAGCGUUCCAACUUCUGGGCAGUCUAUCAAUUAUUAUUGGUGCCAGCUGCAUAUUUUACAACAAGAUGUCACAUUCAGCCUCCCACUUCACAUCCUGGCACGGUCUUCUGGGCUUCAUUUCGACCUGCAUAGUUCUAGUUCAGGCGUUGUUCGGGAUGUUGAUCGGCUUCGAAACUAGUCGCGAUUACAUUUUGGGAGAUUCCCUGGGGCGCAAACUGUGGAAAUUUCACAGAGCUUCAGGUUAUCUGCUCAUCUGCCUUAUGACUGCCACAGUCUUGACGGUCACCAAAGCAGACUGGGUCGUCCUAGUAACCUCGAAUUGGUCGAUUUGGGUCUUAACGAUUGCCCCAAUUGUUGCUCUGAUAGGCUUACUUUCCCUCGCCAAGUUGAGUCCCCUUCGCAUCCAUUAG